AUGGCCCUUGAUACCGAGUUACUUGACCAUAUUCUCCUUUUACGUGCUGGUGUUUUGACAGCUGUUGCAAUUACCGUUGGGAGGAUAAUUUACGCCAUCCACAUCUCGUCACGCAAGAGAGAGAUCCUCACCAUUGUCCCAUUCGAUCCAAAAUGCCUUACCGCCGGAAAUGGAUGGAUUGGCGUAGGCGGCACGGAGAGUGGAGAUUGUGCCUUUAUUAAGCUGGAUGCAGCCUCUCCUCUGCCGGAGCCUGCUGGGCCUGGCUCGCCUGCCGAUGUUGACUCUCCUCUUCCGCUUGACUUUGAUUCCUCGUUAUCGAGGAGGGCACUCCCCUAUCCGCCUAAUGUCAGUGUACGUGAGCUCGGGGGAAGUAUCGUCAAUUCUGUGACCCUUCAUCGUCUUCCAGCCAAUGGAGAUGAAUUCGUCGAUGAAGAUAUCGCAGUUCUCAGCAAUAAUGAUACCACAGUGAGUAUCUUCUCACUACCGCGAAUGGAAGUUAUCGAGACAAUCCGUCAUCCCGUAUGCAUGAACUUUGCCAUUAUUUCCCCCAACUCAAAGCUGCUUGCAGCAGUAGGCGAUGAGAAUCGGGUAUAUUUCUACCGAGCCAUUCCUUCCCCUGAUAAACAGAAUGCUGUUUCAACCGAUGGUGGUAAACUGCUCCGAGAAUGGACCUGGCCACUCCUUCGAAGCGUUGAGCUCGACUCCGAUCCUCAUUAUGACGACCGAUGUUGCUUCACCGUCGCAUUUUCUCCUUCCAGCCACCUUUGUGCAGUUGCAUCUCAGGCUGGUGUCAUCACGGUAUUUAGCGUCAAAGACAUAUUCAAUGAUGAUCCAGAUGGAAGAUCUGGACGUGAAGAUAUAUUUUGUGUCUUUAGAUCCUCCAGAUCCUGCUUUGACGGUGGUGCUAUUCGCUGCAUGUCGUUUUCUCCUCAGCCCUGGGACCUCCUAGUUUGGGUUGAAGAUCACGGACGCUUUGGUAUAGCGGAUGUUCGCCAGGGCUUUUCCAGGCGCCAAAUUAUAACUCUCGAUGUAGACGAGCCGAGUCUUGAACGUGUCAAAACAGACAAUCUCGACAAACCGGAAUCGGACCUCGAUUUGGAUGGUGAUAUUCACAGACCAGAGAAUGCUGCAACCCAUUCCAGAUUAAAUGAAGCCGAGGAGGCAUUACAGCGAGCCAUUGACUCUAACCGCCACCGACGUCGUGGAGCGGCAAUCGAGGCAGAGUCACAAGUAAUGCGAGAUAGUUUGGCCCGUGAUCUAACUGCACGCGAGAGACAGAUUAUCGAUUUCUUGAAUACAGCUCGUUGGGCGUCUUCUAUUGAAGAAGGUCCCCAGAGGCUGCCUCAUCUAAUUAGUCCUCUGCCCAAUCCCUCUUAUUCUUACCAGCAGCGGCCCUCAAGUCAGUAUUUAGGCGCAUCGCCGCCUCCACCACCCCCUCCUCCACCUCCAGAUCAUUAUAUAACUCGCAAUGAGCCAUCUCGCAACUCCGAAAGGCCCCGGACAGGAGCCCCUCGGAGACGCAACUCCGUCAUCCUAUCUCAGGACAGCUCGUCCCGUCCAACCGUGCAUACAUCUUCCGCACUAAUCCCUCACCCAGGCAUGUCAUUGAGGUGGCCUUACUCACCCAAUCAAGUCCCAGCACCUAACGAUGAGACAGACAAUCUGAGUAUGGAGGAAGACUUCCCGCGCAUCCCAUCACCUAACGAAGACGGCGUGCAGACCGGCCCGUCUAACUCUACCCAUCGUGGAUCUAGAGCACAGCAGCCGGAGGAUACAUCGUCGAGUAGUAGCCGGCCCAAUACAGGACAACGCCAGCGUCUUGCACGCUCACGGUCAAUCCCCCGCCGUGCUGAUAGGCCCACUCGUGUCCCUGGUGAGCGUCUCGACCCACGUAAUACAAUGGACUCCGAACUAAGAUCUACGUUAGCUGCAGAGCGCCUACGAGCCCAACGCCAGGCCGCUGUGGAAGAAAACCAGCGGCUCAGUGAAUGGGAACAACAAUACCGCCGUGUGUUAGAGCUCGAUAACAUUCGAGCCAGUCCUAGGAUCCGGAAUCUUUCUGGAGAAAUUUACGGCGGUCGAGAAUCGGGGUGGGGCGUGGGAACUGCUGGUGUCGGGUGGAGUGAUGAUGGGCGGACUUUGUGA